GCCUCUACUGAGUUUGCGCGAGUGUAAAGGCGUUAUGUAUGAGCUGCACAUAGGCUACAGCACCCAGAACCAGGAGUGUAGUGUCCGAUAUCGCUUCUAACAGACAAGUUAACUUUUGAAGAUAAUCUUGAGCAAAUUAAUCAUUGGACGAAGUAAAAGUGUGAGAACACACGCAGCGGCAGAUGUGUGUCAGUGUCAACGCGUAGCCUUUUGCCUAUAUUGUUAUGCAAAAGUGUGCUAGGUUAGCACGUCAGCUCGUCUCUUUGUGUGCCAGAAGAGGAUAUCUGACAGGUUCAAGCACUUUCCUCCGUAAACAAGGUGAAUGCAUGUCUGUGUGUCACCUGAUUACGGAUACUGAGUUUGAAAUCAGAAAUUGUUAUCGUUUGCAGCCAGCAGCCUGCACUAGUCCCGUUUAACGAAACAGUUCGUUCCUUUGCCCCAUAGUCUACUUCAAAUGGGAAAGAACCUUCGUGGUGAUCCAUUCCAGUUACCAUGUUGAGGUGUUUGAGAGUUCUACCGGCACGGGUCACCAGAAACUUCUCUCGCUGCUGCUCCAACUAUGUCGCCAGGAUGAGGUUCAUAAACAAGUUGAAGGAGGAUGAGGGGGCGUGUCUGACUGCGCUGGAAUCUGGCAAUAUCUUCCUCUAUCACACACUGGCACCGCUGCUGAGGAAAACACAGCAGGGUGUGUUCCAACUGCCGCUGCUGCCAUUCAAAGAUUUAGAAGGUAUACUGAACAGGCUUGGCAAAGAUGGAUCCAUGGUGAAGGAUUCUGUUCUGAUCACGUGCACUGAACAGAACCGAGCCCUCUUCUGCCUGGACGUUGGAGAGCUGGACCAGCAAGCAGUGGAGAAGGAAUGUGGGGGAAACUUUGUGGAUCUGAGAAAGGCUUUCUUCACUCUGAGAGGAGAAGAAGCACCCUUAGUGGCCAGAGGCCAGGCUCUUCUGCGGUGGCACCAGGGUAAUGGGUUCUGCAGCGCCAGCGGUAAGCCCACCACCAGGAACCAGGCAGGCAGCCAGAGAGUUUGCCACAGCAAUGGACUCAUCUACUACCCGAAGAUGUCUCCGGUGAUAAUCACCCUGGUGUCUGAUGGGAAACGGUGUUUAUUAGCAAGACAGGCCUCGUUCCCGCGCGGCAUGUUCAGCGCUCUGGCUGGCUUUUGUGACAUGGGAGAGACGCUGGAGGAGACCCUACGCAGGGAGGUGGCUGAGGAGGUGGGCCUCGAGGUGGUCUCCGUCCGCUACAGUGGCUCCCAGCACUGGCCCUUCCCGCAGAGCUCCUUCAUGGUGGCCUGCCACGCAACCGUCUCCCCCGGCAACACUCAGGUGGAUGUGGACCAUGAGGAGCUGGAGGAGGCCAGGUGGUUCACUCUGGAGGAGAUCAGGGCGGCUCUGAAGCUCCGGACCCCCCCGAGGAACCCCCGAGACCAGCCUCCCACCAUCUGGGUGCCCCCCUCCUACGCCAUCGCCCACAAGCUCAUCAGAGAGUGGGUGGACGACCAGGAGCUCCACUACGACGGAGAGUGAUGCUGCACAUACGUUUGGAGGACGGAGAGCGGUUGAAAACAUUGAUUCAAUGAGUGGAUCUUAAUAAUGAUGACUUCUGGGAUUGGGAUUCUAUUCAAAGCAACCUACAAGUUAGGCUGCCAACAAUCAUAUAACAAAAAUAUGUUGGUUUUUUUCUUUUAAUGAUUGGUAGGCAUGUGUACGUGGGAAGGUAUAAAUAAAAUGACAAUGAAAGCUUUUAAUGCAGAGAAACAGUUCCAUACCAGAACAAGACCAUGUCUAAAUACAAAGAAUUGUUUGUGCUUUUUUGGAACUUGGUAGCUUAAGGGAGUUUUCUUUUGUUAUGGGGACACAGGUUAUUUGGAAAAGCCAAGUUAUUAUGCCACCGUAAUCCACCUCUGUAUCCCACCAAAGUGCACUUGACUCUUCAACAAUGAAGGAGACCUCUUGACUUUCUAGCUCGGAUUUAGCCACUACUGAAGAACAGUAUCAGCUAUCUACUGCUUUUUUUUAUGUGUUGUAGUUUUUAUUAUGCCUUAUUGACUUUAUAUAAAUGAACCUUUGUUAUUUAAUAAUUCUGAUUUAUUAUAUAAAAUGCUGCUGUUUCCCUAUUUGUUCUACAUUGUAUUUGUUAUGAAGAGGCUAUGCAUAGGCUUAUUCAUACAAUGUAACUACCUCCCAAACUUUUCACUGAACGACUGACCGAUGUAUAAUGCAUCUACCAAUGUUAUUAACAAAACAACUAAUAAAUAAACACUUAAAAACACACA